AUGCGAUCUUCUACCGGACUCCUUGGCCUGUUGGCCAGCCUCGGCAUGGCAUGCGCCCAUCCGGCGCGCGGCUCGAUCGACAGCGACCUUAUUGGCAAGCUCUCGACCGGCGCCAGCAUCUCCCACAACGCCUCCGUGUUUCCCCGCUGGAGCGAGUUCGGCGCUCCCCAUCCCGGCACUAUAGUGUCCGUCGCGACAGAGGCCGAUGUGCAGGCGACGGUCCAAUACUGCGUCUCGAAGAACAUCCCGUUCUUAGCCCAGAACGGAGGUCAUGGCUGGAGCGGCGCAUUUACUCUGGGCGAGAGCGGCGUCCUGAUCAACUUGCGCGGCCUGAACAACACCGUCUUCAGCGCCGACAAGACGCAGGCGACCAUCGGAGGAGGUGCCAUUAUCCAGGAGGUUAUCAACCAGGCGUACGCCAACGACGUUCAGAUCCUGACCGGUAAUUGCAACUGCGUCGGAGCUCUCGGCGCGGGUCUCGGCGGAGGUUACGGCAACUUGAUGGGUCUCUACGGCUUCAGCGUCGACAACUAUCUCUCGUUCAACGUCGUCCUGGCCAACGGCAGCCUCGUCACCGUCACGCCCGAGCAAGAGGACCUCUGGUGGGCUCUGCGCGGCGCGGGCCCCAACUUCGGCAUCGUCACCUCGGCCGUCAUGAAGUCGACUCCGUUAGCCCAGGCCGACAACGUAGCCUGGACCGGCGGUCUGUGGUUCACCGAGGACAAGAUCGAGCAGGUCACGCAAGCCAUCGAGGAUCUCAAGCUCGAGGCGCACAUGAACAUCUUCCUAUACUUCCUGACAUCGAACGGCGAACCCACCGUGCUCGUGACCGUGUUCUACUACGGCACCGAGGCCGACGGACGCGAGGCGUUCAAAUCCAUCAUCGAUAUCGGGCCCUACGACGACACGACGGCCGUUCUGCCGCAGAACGAGUGGAACGCCGGCGCCGACGGCUUCUGCACCAAGGGCGAGCGCAAGCCCACGUACAGCGCCGGUUUCGACCACUUCGUCCCGACGACCUGGCGCCAGAUCUGGAACGACUACACCGAGUUCCUGACCAACCCCAACACGAGCGCCACCACCGUUGUCGUCGAGUGCUACUCGCUCGACAAGGCGCAGUCGAUCGGGUCCGAGACGGCGUCGUUCGCGAACCGCGACAUCCGCUUCAACGGCUUUGCCAUAUCCUGGUACCCGGAUGCUAGCCUCGACGCGACGGCCAAGGCUUUCGGCUCGAAUUUCCGCAACCUGUUGCGCGCCGACGAUGGGUUAGCUUCCAACCGCACAUACGUCAACUUUGCUUUCGGGGACGAGACCAACCAGGUCGUAUACAACAACAACACGCAAAGGCUUCGACAAUUAAAGAAGAAAUAUGAUCCCAAAAAUGUUUUUAACCAGUGGUUUGACCUAUAG